CUGAGAGUGAAGUCUGAGUUGAGGACGGACUGAGACGGAGAAGAGACGACGGACAGCGGAGAUGAAAUUUAUGGAAAAAAAUUGUCAAAUAGGUAUUUAUUGUGUUUCCAAGAGAGACAUUUUGUUUUCCAGCUGUUUCAUUUCACAACUUUAAUUUUUCCUUUUCCAGUCGGACUCCGCUGAUGACCUCAAAGACAAAAGAGAGGAAUAUUUUCUCCCUGAAACAGUGAAUAUAAACACUAAUCUUCUACCUCACCCUCAGGAUUAUGGUGGAGUUUGUUCUAUCUGAGGAUCUGAAGGAGGAUCAAAAUGCUGAAAUGUAAAGUUCACAGUUCUCUCUGCCGCCUGUGGUUCACCUCACUGCUGCUGCUGCUGCUGCUCCGGGAUCUGAGCAGUGCAGCUCCCACAGAGACCCAGUCUGUCCCAUGUAGCAUCUCUGUAUCUGAAUCAGUAUCCAGCCUGGACUCCAUCUCACUUACUGUCAAAACAUCUGGACCAAACUGCUCCUUCACCGUGACCUCUCCAGACGCCGGAGCAGACGGCGCUGAGUGUAGAAGAAACAGAGGAGGAGGAGAUGAGGAGGAAGAGACUAAUGAGAUUAGAGGAAGGGAGGGAGGAGAGGAGGAGGAGGCGAAGGAGGGGAUGGGAGCUAACUAUCUGGGAACAAACCAGUCAGAAGUCGAGGAUGGAGGGAACAAGGAGAUGGGAGGUGUCUUCACCUGCAUGUUGGAUCACUUGGAGCCUGGAACCACCUACCAGCUGCAGAUUCAGUCCCAGAGAGAUGAGGAGACGGCUAACUUCACCCUGCACACCAGGCCGUCGGCGGUGAGCGGCCUGAUGGUGACCUCCAUGACCAGCAGCAGCCUGGGUCUUUCCUGGCAGGCCGGGCCAGGCAGGACGCAACGCUUCAGACUGCAGCUGUGGGAUGAAACAGGUCUGCUGAGGAACGAGACGUUAGAGAGCACGGCGACGCAACACACACUCCUCGACCUGACGCCGGGCUGGCUGUACAACGUUACCAUGGUGACGGAGGCCGGCGGGUUGCAGAACAGCCAGACGACGGCGGCUCAGACAGUUCCCGCCGCCGUCUCCAACCUCACCGCUGACCACAACGACAGCACCAGCUUGUUGUUGUCAUGGCAACAGCCCGAAGGCGCCCUGGACGUGCUCGUCGUCACCCUCUCGACCAAUGGCACGAGCUUCUGGGAGGCGACGCUUCCCCCGGACGUCACAGAGGUUGCCGUCGAUCAGCUGACUCCCGGCUCGGCCUAUCAGGUUGCGGUGACAUCCAGGAGCAGCAACCUGACGAGCCAGUCAGAAAUCACCAUCAGGACAGCUCCGGCGGCGGCGUCCCUCCUCUCCCUGUCACCCUCCUCCUCCGAUGGACUCCUCCUGUCUUGGAUGCCUCCUGCUGGCCGCUGGGAGAGCUACAGGCUCUUCCUGUUGGACGGCUCCCAGCAGUUAGUCAGCGCCGCUCUGGACCGAGAGGCAACAAACGUCAGCUUCCCUGGGACGGGACUAACGCCUGGGAGGCUGUACAGAGCUGUGCUGAGAGUGGAAAGUGGAGGAGUGACGGCUGAGAGCAGCUGUGAAGGAGCGACAGCUCCGGCCGUGGUGUUGGACCUCCACCUACGGCACACAGACGAGACCUCGCUCAGCGCCAUGUGGAGCCACGCCCCUGGGUCACGUGACGGCUACUUCCUGACCAUUCGCCACGGUAACGUCACUGUGGACACCAGGGAGGUGGAGCCUAACAUGAGGGAGUGCACGUUCAACGUCCUCACACCUGGGAGGCAGUACACCAUCACCGUGACAACCAGGAGCUGGAAACUGAACACCUCUGUGUCUCUGGAGGGGAGGACAGUUCCCAUGGCGUUGCGUACCAUCACUCUAAGAAGCUCCGGGGUCAACAGCUUCCAGGCAUCAUGGGAAAAACCACCAGGAGACGUGGACUCGUUCACAUUGACUCUGCUGCAGGACAGCGUCGUAGUUCAGAACCACAGCGUUCCAGUCGGUUCUUCUUCUCUGCUGCUGGCCGGUUUGACUCCUGGCGCCUUAUACAGGCUGCAGGCCGCCACCGUCAGCGGAGGCCUUCAGUCUAAAAGCACCAGUCUGGAGGGACGCACCGCACCGGCGUCGGUCUCCGAGGUAACCGUUGCUAACGGCGGUGGGUCGGACGCCCUGCAGGUGUCGUGGAGCCCGGCGGCGGGCGUGGUGGACAGCUACCUUGUCCGUCUUCAGGACGGUAGUCGAACUGUCCACACGCUGGCCGUGUCCCGCUCCUCGCCGCCCGAGUGCUCCUUCAGCUCGCUGGUCGCCGGGCGACUUUACUCUGUCGUCAUAGUGACAAGGAGCGGCAGCCUGGAGAACGCCACCAUGGUUCAAGCACAAACACAACCUGCUACUGUACAAAACCCAACAGCUGUCCACUCUGCAAGAGACGACUUCCUGAAGGUGUACUGGCGUCACGCCGCUGGAGAUUUGGACCGCUACGUGGUUCUGAUCCGUUACAACAACAGCGUCCUGCAGAACAAGAGCGUCUCCGCCGGGCACAACGAGUGCGUCUUCUCGUCUCUGUCGCCAGGGAGACUCUACACCGUCACCGUGGAGACCUGGAGCGGGCACUACGUCAGCAGCGUCUCCACCGACGGGCGCACCUUUCCAGCAGCUGUUGGAGAUCUGUUACUCGGCAACGUAGGGACAGGUGAUCUGACCGUCACCUGGAGCCCCGCCCCCGGCGAUGUGGACCACUAUGAGGUGACUCUGCUCUUCAACGACACUCGAGUUUUCCCUCCGGUCACGUUGGGCAGCAAGGUGCGACGCCACCGGCUGACCUCUCUGACCCCCGGGCGUCUGUAUAAGAUUGUGGUGUCAACGUUCAGCGGACCGUACCAGAGAGCUCAGUUCAUCGAGGGACGCACAGUCCCCAGUGCAGUCGGGAACCUCCACCUGGUUCCUCGCUCUGUUGCUGGGCUGCUGAUCUCCUGGACGCCCGGAGACGGAGACCUGGACAUGUACAUCGUCUCCCUGUCCACAGUCGGCGUCGUCAUUGAGACUCGCCCCGUCCCUAAACACAUCUCAUCCCUGGACUUCCUUGAUCUGACCCCAGGCCACGCCUACACCAUCACCGUCCAAUCACUGAGCGGGAUGCUGACCAAUAGCAACACGGCCACCGGCAGGACCGCUCCGGCUAGAGUCACGGCGCUGCAGGCGGAUAACGACCACACCACACACAGUCUGACCGUCAGCUGGGAGAGGCCCGUGGGCAUGUACGACGGCUACAGUCUGCAGUUACUGGACGAGGCCGGAAUCCUUCUGGCCAACCGGUCGGUCUCUGUGGAGAGUCGGAGUGAGCGUCUGGAGGGUCUGACAUCAGGGAGGUGGUACAGAGUGAAGGUGGCGACGCUCAGCGGCGGCGUCUCGUCGCUGGAUGCCACAGCAGAGGGUCAAACUCGUCCGUCUGCCGUCAGUAAUCUCACCGUCACGUCGGCCACCUCCUCAUCUCUCUCCUUCUCCUGGCGUCCCUCGGACGGCCACGUCGACAUCUAUGAUCUGUCGCUCUACAGCGUUGCUGAGGCAACAGCCAAUCACAGGCAGGACGCUGCCGGGAGCAGGAAGGAGCAUCAACAGGCGGCGGGCGAGCCAGUGGACCUGCAGAAGGUCGGUCCAGCUGCAGACAGCUGUGUGUUCUCCGGCCUGCGAGCAGGAAGUCUGUACAGACUGCAGGUGGUGAGCUGGAGCCGAGGAAUGAGCAGCGACUCGUCUGUGAUGGCCAGAACCGUCCCGUCUUCAGUCUCGUCUCUCCAGGUUCAGAUUUCAGGACGGACGGACAGACUGACGGUCAGCUGGCAGCACGGAGAGGGAGGCUGGAGCAGCUACCAGGUGGUUUUAUACGACGCUUCUGGAACCACUCUGGGAGCCCAGACGCUCGGGGCGGAGCACAGGAGUCACAUGUUCUCUGGACUCUUCCCUGGUAGGCUGUACCGCGCUGAGGUCAUCACACACAGCGGGGAACUGACCAAUAACAUCUCAGUCUUUGGACGCACCGCUCCAGAACCGCCCACCCGCCUGUCAGUGAAACAAGGCCCGACCAACGACACGGUAGAGCUGUCGUGGUCCGGUCCCGACUCCGGCGACUAUGACAGCUUCAGCCUGCAGUGGACGCCUCCAGACCGCCUGUCAGUCACAGACACUCACCUGACCAGCCGCAUCCUGGGCGAGAUGUUUCCGGGGCGACAGUACAACUUCACCGUGGCGACCAUCAGUGGGGGCGGAGCCAGGGGUCCGCCCCUGGUCAGGAGCCAGCCAAUCCAGAGAAACGUCAGGACAAGCCCGUCUCCUCUGAAGUCCAUCCACUGCUUCCCUCUCUCCUCCUCCUCCCUCUCCUGCUCCUGGUCGCCUCCUCUCUCCGACUUCGACUCCUACGAGGUCGAGUGCCGUCGCCACGACGACGGGGAGCUGACCUCGGCGCUGCGGCUGGCGGGGGGCGUCACCGCGGUAACGCUGGACCACUUGGAGGCAUACAGGAAGUACUCGGUGACGGUCAGAGUGGCGUCGGCCGGACAGACGAGUCAGCCGGCAACGCACACGACAGUUACCAUGAUAGAUCGCCCUCCGGUCCCACCCCCGAGCGUUCGUGUUGGUGAGAAGUCAUCGAAGGUCACGCCGUCCUCCAUCUUGUUCCGCUUCAACUGCUCCUGGUUCAGCGACGCCAACGGAGCCGUGCGAUACUUCGCCGUGAUCGUGGCCGAGUCUGACGCCAAUGAGAUGCUGCAGCCGGAGCAGCGCCACCCUCUGCCCUCCUACCGCGACUACAUCAGCAACUCCUCCGUCAGAGCGUAUCAGACCGCCUACUUCUCCAGCCGCUGUCCGCAGGACGCCGACGCCGCCGCUGGACAGGUGGUGGAGGUGAACCUGGGGGCAGGAGGGGAUCGGCUGGGCGGGGCCUGUGACCGUUACCAUGACGACGACCUCUAUCUGAGCGACAGCUACGGCGGCUUCUGUGACGGGCCGCUGAAAGCCAAAACCUCCUACAGGCUGAGCGUGCGAGCGUUCACCAGACUGUUUGAUGAAAACCACCGAGAGUUUCCUCAGCCGCUCUUCACCGACACCUACCUGUCCACGCCGCUCAGGACGCACUCAGAGCCUCUCGGUGGCGUCGUGGAGGGUUUGAGUGCCGGGAUGUUCCUGAUCGGGAUGAUGGUGGCUGUCGUUUCUCUGCUCGUCUACAGACAGCGGCUACGCAAAGUGGCGGUGCAGGAGAACCCGGUGGUGAGGAUGAGUAUGUGGAAAGAAGUUCCAGCUUCAGGAUUAUAUCUGGGAGUCAGGAGUAAUCGUCGGGUCACCAGUCCCAUCAAAGCCUGCCACUUUGAGUCCCAUCUGACUAAACUACAGGCCGACUCCAACUACCUGCUGUCUGAGGAGUUCGAGGAUCUGAAGGACGUAGGACGCAACCAGACGAUGGACGUCGCCCGUCUGCCGGAGAACCGAGGAAAGAACCGCUACAACAACAUCCUGCCAUAUGAUUCUACCAGAGUGAAGCUGGCGUACCUGGAGGACGACCCCUGCUCUGACUACAUCAACGCCAGCUACAUACCUGGUAAUAACUACCGCAGGGAGUACAUCGCCACCCAGGGCCCGCUGCCCGGCACCAAGGACGAUUUCUGGCGGAUGGUGUGGGAGCACAGCGUCUACAACGUCGUCAUGGUGACGCAGUGUGUGGAGAAGGGACGGGUAAAGUGUGACCAGUACUGGCCUGCAGACAGAGAGCCUCUGUACUAUGGUGACCUGGUCAUUCAGAUACUGUCUGAGUCCGUCCUGCCGGAGUGGACCAUCAGAGAGUUCAAGAUCACCUCGGAGAGCGGCUGCAGUUACCCUCGAGUGCUGCGUCACUUCCACUACACUGUGUGGCCCGACCACGGAGUCCCAGAGAGCACCCAGUCCCUGAUCCAGUUCGUCAGGACGGUCCGGGACUACGUGGACCGAUCACCCAGCACCGGAGCCACCGUGGUGCACUGCAGUGCUGGUGUUGGCCGUACAGGGACGUUCAUCGCCUUGGAUCGGGUUCUGCAGCAGUUGGACUCUAAAGGAACCAUCGACCUGUACGGCAGUGUGUUCGACAUCCGGCUGCACCGCCAACACAUGGUCCAAACUGAGUGCCAGUAUUCCUUCCUUCACCAGUGUGUGCGGGACGUCCUGAGAGCCAGGAAACAUCGCAGUGAACAGGAGAAUCCUCUCUACCCCAUCUACGAAAACUUCAACCCCGAGUACUGCCGCGAUUUCAUCUACACUGGACGCUGAACAGACGAUGACAUCCAUCUGAUCAAGAGAGAAGAAACGUUGCUACGUUAGCUCAUUCUGACUAUUAAAACUAUCUGAGUUAACAGAGACUGUUGGCUUUACAUCACACACAACAGGAAAAAUACAGCAAUGUCUAAAAGUAAGCAAGUAAAGAAAACAUAAAUUAUAUGAGAGAUUUGUGGUUAACACACAAUAAGUCACAUUUACUGUCACUGCUUUUACAUCAAGUUCGUGACAAGUUUAACGCCAACAGAACUACAGAAAAUAAACUGAAGCUUUAAACAAUCUGUGACUCCAGUUUUCAGAGUAAACAGAAAACAUAUUUGAGUGUUUGCUGGGAUUACAGGGAAGCUUCUUUUAUUAGCUACAGUUCUAAUCAGUUAAUUCAUAUUUUGUUCAAUUUGUGACCUGAUGGCGACUUUUUAAAGUCAAAAGUGUCACAACAAAAUGUUUAAAACAAUGUUGGAGAUGAAUCCUAUCAAUUAAUGGUUUUCUUAAGUGUUGAAGGGAAACACGGGUUGAUCUCAGGUUGUUGGUGGUUAUUAAAGACGUGUUCAAAUCUGAUGUUAGCUUGCAGUUAUAUCCUUAAUAUAACUGACUGAUCACAGGGAAGGAAAGAGCCAUCUAUUUUUUCUAUAAUAAUGUUCUCACUCACUGCUCCAUAUAAGCUGUUUAUUUAAAAAGUUACACAUAUUGCUGUAUGUAAAUAUUGGUGUAAUAGUCUUUUUUAUAUAUGAUUAUAUAUAUAUAUAUAUAUGUCUCAAUCAUUUUUAUGCUGUGUAAUAUUGAAGUAUUUCCAUUUAUGAAAUCAACAAUUGUCAAGUAGCUGCAAGAAAUUAUAACCUGCUGUAUUCAGACAUUUACUCAAACAUUAAAUGGUUAAUUUCUCAAAACAGAAAUGCUUUAAAACAGUCAAUUUUUUUUAUAAAGUUGUUCAUGAACUUAAAACUUCUAAAAUAAAUGUCUGAAUACAAGGCAGGAACUCCCCUUUUUCCCUAUUUUCUGUCUUUUUUUUUUUAAAUACAUUAAUAAAUCACUGGAGUUCAGUGUCAAAAUAUUUCAGAAAUUUGUGACAUGUAAUGUCUGAAAAGUUCACAUUUGCAAAUCCAACAUUUGGAGAACCCUCUUCUGUUUCUGUUUGGUUCGACUGCUGGAGGAAUUUCAGGGUUUUUACAUGAUUUCUGCUCAUAUAAUAUCUGUUUUCUGGAUUAAAUUCUGAGGAUAUAAUGAUCAUUAUUUUUUAAUCACAGAAGUGUACAGGGCUGGGCAAUUCCUCAAUAUUAUUGUUUUUCUGUCAGUGCAAACAAUACGUGAAACUAUGAUAUGCAUACAUAUUCUUUUAUUUUGUACUUAAAGACUAACAAAAUUAGUUAUUAAAUGUUCUGAUUACUCAUUUCUGAUGUGAUAGAUAAUACCAGUUUGAUUAUUUGAUAUAUGAUUUAGCAUACAUUUGUCAUAUAUUAUUAUAUAUUCAUAUUAGAAAUAUAUUUUAUUGAUAUUAUAUCCCCCAGCCCUCUGAGAAUGUAAAUCAGUUUUUAUAGCUUGCUGUCAGAUCACUGUAAACUGGAUUAUUACGUGCGAAUUAAAAGUAGCUGCAAAACUAA